UCAGACUGACUGGCACACUCUCAACUCAAACACAGAGACAGACCCUGAGCAAUGGAUAUGGAACGACUGCAGUUCACGGAGACCUUUCUGGGCAAGACACCAGACAGCGUGGCCAGCUGGGAGCUGGGACAGAACACCAAUGAGGAGAUAUCUCUCAUGGAGGCGACCCUGAUGACCUCCCCACAGGCUGCGGUGAACGGUCCUCGGCGACGGAAGCGAACCAAGUACAACAGCUGGCAGAAGAACCUUCUAGAGAAAGCCUACUCCGUCUGCAAGUACCCCAACGUGUGGACCCGCGAGACUCUAUCCAAGGCCCUCAAUGUGGACGACGCUCGCAUCAUUGUCUGGUUCCAGAACCGCAGGGCCCGCUACAGCAGACAAUCGGCUGCCGUCCGCCAACGAGGGAGACCGUCCGGGAGUGAUGCCUGUGAGGACCAGCCGCCGGCGGGCACCUUGCUGUACGGCCAGACGCCCGACUCGGGGUCCGCGUGCUGCCCCAGACGCCCCCUGGUGGCCGCAGCGCACGGGCCCAACGUCCAGCUGACCGGCGGCUACCCGCCGCUCGUCGGUUCCCGGUGCCCGCAGGUGCCGCGGGGCCCCCCGAAGGUGGAGAGCGGCACCGCACUGCCGGCUGGGCAUGGAGCGAUGGAUGAGGCGGUGGCCGCCGCCUGCAGCCAAUGGUACCCAGGGGCGGGCUGUGCCGGUGGAAACCAGCCCGCUCGCUUUCCGGUAGACGAGAUCGAAGUGGAUUUCACUGUGGCCGAUUUUAACCUGGACCCGGGCAACCCAUAUCUGCUGGACCUCUCGCAGACUCUGUAAAGACCCUCUGCGGGAUAACUGAAACACUCUCCCCCCACCCCCAAAUAGAGGGAGGGGGUGGGGAGCGCCGCAUGAUGGAGAAGGACAUUAUUCAUUUUGACCAGUGGGAUCCAAGGACGCCGCUUCCCCCUGCGUUCUCUGGACUUGCAGAUUCAGGGAUGGGGGGGAAAUCACACUUUGCUAUUGCACUGUGGUCAACAUGGACCCCUCGGCAGUGGCCCCACCCAUUUCCCCCACUCCACCCCCCCCUCAAAAUGGACUCAGCAAAGAUCAUCUCCAUCCUACGCUCCAUUAAGAAGGUGCAUUCCAAAGAGAGGAAAGGGGCUUGUAUCAUACAAUGUAGAGGGAGCUUUAUUCUGUAUCUGACCCCGUGCUAUCCCUGUCCUGGGGAGUGUUUGAUGGGGAUAGUGUAGAGGGAGCUUUACUCUGUAUCUAACCCCGUGCUGUCUGUCCUGGGGAUUGUUUGAUGGGGACAGUGUAGAGAGAGCUUUACUCUGUAUCUAACCUUGUGCUGUCCCUGUCCUGGGGAGUGUUUGAUGGGGACAGUGUAGAGAGAGCUUUACUCUGUAUCUAACCUUGUGCUGUCCCUGUCCUGGGGAGUGUUUGAUGGGGGGACAGUGUA